AUGCCUUACAGAGUUUCCCGAGGAAGACUGCGGCGACUCCAGCGACGUAAACGAGCGGGGCCCUCGUCGAAAGAAAAGGGCUCCGCGAGAAGAGGGCCGUGCAAACGUACCUCUGGGUCCGUCGUGGUGUUGUCCGCCGGGGGCGGUGGCAGCGGGGGCGCAGCAGGUUGCAGACGCCGUGAUUUGGAACGUCGGACGGGUGGCGGUCGGGGUGUUCCCUGCCUUGCCACCAUCAGCUCUUCUGUCGCAGGAAGCGCGGGGGGUUGCGGCCCCGUGGUGGGGCUCCCCUCUUAUAAGAAGCGCCAAGGCAGUGGCACUGUCUGGGGUCGUGGCAGUCGUGGACGCGGCAGGGGUCGCGGGGGCGGCGCGAACCUCUUCGGUUCCGGCGUCGCCCCCGCGAAUUACGCACCAGGACUGCAGGGCGUUGCGCCUGGACUGCGGGAGGUCGUGAACAUCCUCGGCGCGAGGAACCAAGCCGGCACCCUGACGGGCGUGGGCCCGCCACCAGGAACACUGGAUAACGACAGCACGUGCGACAAGGAGGAGGGAACAUCUACCAAGAGACAUCCACCGAGACCUCUCUACAGGAGAUUAAUCAACUACGUGAGGCAAGCCUGGACCGGCGUCAAAUUUGCCCUAGACUCGGAAUACGAGGAAGAGCAAACACCGAGAUACAGGCCAGACUCUUUGGCAAGCCUUUGUCGUGCGACCAGAUUCACAGAGGCUGAGCUGAAGAGGAUAUAUCGCGGCUUCAAGGCUGAGUGUCCUACGGGAGUCGUCAGGGAGGAAACUUUCAAGUGCAUCUAUUCGAAGUUCUUUCCCCAAGGAGCCAAUACAAGCCAGUACGCGCAUUACGUUUUUAAUACUUUGGACCAGGAUCACAGCGGGCUUCUCAGUUUUGAGGACUUUGUUACGGGGCUGAGUAUACUGUCUCGUGGCUCGAUAGACGAAAAACUACGUUGGACAUUUUCUCUCUACGACAUCAACGGGGACGGCUGCAUCACGAGGGAGGAGAUGACGGACAUUGUGACUGCCGUGUACGAGCUGAUGGGCAAAUUCGCUGAUCCGAACUUGGAUCAUGAAGGCGUACGUGAGAAGGUGGAUCGCAUGUUUCAGAAAAUGGACGGCAACAGAGACGGCGUGGUAACGCUGUCCGAGUUUUUGGAGGCUUGUCGGGCAGAUCCGGACAUCUCGACCAGCAUGGCAGCUCUGGACACUGCCUUCUGACACUCACAGCGUCCGCGAUACACACCAUGGACCUGAAGGGAUCACUCGAUUAGGAAGUAAAUCGCUCAAUGUUGUACCUUAUCUCCCUGGACCAGAGGAAAGCAAUUCCUCAAGGUGUGUCCCGUCGUCUUGGAGCGACUGAUAUGCGAUUUUUCAAAAUCGAUUGUUUUGAGAGACGAUAUUGCGUCACUUUCCGUGUACCAGCUCAACAAAAUGCACUCAGUGGAAUUUCUAGAUUUGCAAGGAAAGAGUUGCUCUCGAAAAAAAGAAGAAGAGAAUAUAAAUAAGUGGAAUGUUUCACCUUUUGAGAUUUGCGAUACUGGAUAUAAAGGGAAGCAACAAAAGUGACUGCUUUGUGAUAGGAGUGGAAGCUACGCGAGUAUUUAAUCAGCAUGCUGCCUGACGGAUAAGAUUAUUUGUACGAUUACACGUCAGAAUCCGCAAAUAUAUAAAUGUAAGAAAAUAAAUGGAGUAGCAGAGAGAUUCGAGAGACGAAGCAAUGAGCAAGUUGUAUAACAACAACAGUGAAAUAAUUUUGGUAUUUUGCUUAGAACUUGUUUAAGAAAUGGGAAGAAGUAAUAUGCAAAUCGCAUAAUAUCUUUUACAAAGAGAAUAUAUGCAACGGGCAAUCCCAAGACCUGUCAAGUGUCGGUAAAGCGGUAAUGAUUUCGUAAGGUUUUAGUAUUAGUCAGUACGCGAAAUGGUUAGCGAAUAAAUGAGAGUUAGAAACGGAUCUUUAUAUCGAAGUGAACAUUGUAUUCUCAUAAAUCGUAAAAUAUGAAGGAUCUGGAGAUGUAUUGUUAAGAUUUAUGCACGACAUUAUUCGUAUCGUUUUUACUUACUUAAUUUAAUUACAUAAUUUUUUUAUAAUUAAAAAUAAUCUCAAUUCAGAGAUGUUAUCAUUAAUAUUUUCACAUGUUCUGUUCUUCAUAAAUUAUAUAGACAAGCUACACAAAAAUAUUUUGUAUAACGAUGACACGUUAAAUUGCGUAAAUAUUUGUACAUUCGGGAAUUAAACUUUCCGUACUGUUAAUACUACGUUGCUCAUACAUGUUUUUUUUAUAUACCUUAACUGAAGGAUACAUGUUGCUCUUUGUUAAUUAGUUAAACGCUAUGUUCUACACUUUACAUGUUAUAAGUUGACAAAAGCACAUGAUUAGUCCAAUAUACGUUUAUUACACUUGUUGCUCCUAUAAUUUAUAAUAAUAUCAUGCGAGUUCGCGUGCAUACUGAAUUACAAGACAAAGAAUAAAGUUAAAUGCGAGAACGAGUGUCGACUCACGAAUGAAAGAUACAAAGUUUAUCGUGAAUCCCGUCGUACAGCUGGACAUGUCAAGCGGGAUUUGUUGUUUCUAGUGCGUAAGAGAGCAUGUAGAUGGUAAGCGAUAUCAAAAUAUUUAUUUUUGUGACAGGUAAGCAUAUUAUCGUUGUAAGAUUCUAGAUUGUAAAGACUGCGUGCUGCUAAAGAGAGAGAGAAAGAGAGAGAACCGAGUUGGAUCAACUGACGUUAAUAGAUGAGAAAGGAAUAUUUGGACAGAAGGAAGGGAGACUUUCUCUAUCGAUCUGGCAUUCGAGUGAUCCGUUACCAAAUAUACGCGAAGUGUACAUUUUAUUAUAAUUAUCCAACGAGUCGUGGAGACUGGACCAAAGCUUCCGCGAUGGGUGAAGAAGAUUUACUUGAGCGAAAUAUAUAUUUAAUCAUUUUCCAUCACUGCCUACUUCUGGUUAACUAUAAAUAAGGAGGAGCAAACAAGGGAUGAAGAACGGGAUGAAAAUCUCCGUUACAUCGAGACUGGGGGAGUCCGAUCGGAAAUGUUUCAUCGGGGAGAAGGCGACAAAUGAGAUUCAUUUAUUUAGGAAUUUACGAAUUUCAAGUAUCCUUUCGUUACGUGUACGUUUUUUGUAAAAUACUUGAGAUACAUAGCGAAUCGCGAACCGAUAUUUGAAUAUACUUCCGACUUGAUAGAGCGUGGUAGGAUACGGUUAAUUUCUUCUGCAAUGGCAAAAUUGACACAACUCCAGCUCACGCGGCACAUCAAUACGUCGAACGUGUUCGUGUUGGCACGCAGGAAUGGACACGAAAUAAAAAGCCAGCAAAGAAACGAAGAGAUAAGUUGCGCGCGAUUACAGGCGUAAGGAUUUCUUCGAUUUUUAGCAGCGCCUAUACCUAUAGAGCAUAAGACUUACGUGUAAAUUGAGAUAAACAUCGAAUGUUGUCUCAUAUCAACUCGAUCACUACCGCAUGUCUUUGAAGUUACGUAAGUAAGUGUGUAAAAAGACAAAAACGGGGUAAACUGUGUCCUCUAGAUACUUUUAAACUCGAUCGGACGUUAGUUUUAGAGAAGGGGUGAGAAAAAAAACAAGGUACUUUUUUACCCCACCAUGGUCAAAUCAGAAAUAAGCUAGGUCUAAUACGUUGUGAGCUUUUUUAUGCGCCGCCAAUUAGUUUUAGAAUAAUCUCAUUAUAUUUUAAAUCGCGAGACUAGACUGACGAUAACCGAAGUAUUACUAAGUUCGCGCGGGGGAGGGGGGGGGUGUAUAAAAAGAGAGCACGCACAGGAUAGUAAUUAAUGAGGAAACGGGAAGCUGUAAUGUUUCUUAUUUUGUAACGUCCUCCUACUGUGCUUAAUCCACCCUACCUUAACUAUACCCGCAUAUGUGUUAUACGCUUACACUUUCCUCUGCUGAAAACUUGCAAUUGAUUUUUCUCAAUAUUCUUGCUACUUCUUCUUCUUCAUUGCCACUGAACGUGUGAAGCCGUUUCCGCUAAAGUACGACAAAAUCGUUUAAUCUCUAGUAUCGUUCCGGAACGUCAGACUGCAUGCUACUUUCUUUCGCAAACAUCGAAUUAAUUGAAGAAAAUUUUGUAAAAUUUUAGUAACGUAAGUUCGAUCAAGAUUUGUUAUAAAGCAGCAAAAAGUUUGAUUCUGUUUCAAAUUUUACUGUUACAAAUUAUUUUUCACAUCAACGAUAAAACGAGAUAAUAGAUAAGAAAACGAGUUACUCUUGACAAUGAUUUAAAGUAAUAUAAGAAUAUAUUACGUAUAUGUAAUAAUUAUCAACCAGAAGAGAGAAUAAUAUGCAGUAUUAAUAUAGUAAAUAAUUUCAAAUAAUGUUAGCUUCUAUCUAAUUUUGCAAUUAUGCUGAUCUAUAAGCUGUACGAUCAUACUGCUUUGUUAAAUAUUGAUAGUUUUUACAUUAUUGGACAAUAAAAUAUUUCAUUAUAACGCGAUCAGAGCGCUAGGCAAAAAAGAUAUACAAAUAGUAGUAUCGUUUGUAACGAAAAACAUAAUAUUAAGGUAAUUUUUCUCUUUAUUUUUCAGGAUAUUUCUCAAAACAUGCUACUUGAAAGUAAACCAAUUAUCAUAUGUCAUAUGUCAAACAUAAUUGUUUAAAAUUAAAUAUGAGAUUCAUUUCUUAUCUAUAGUUACUAGAAUACGAGAUGAUUAUUGGGUUUUGACUACUCAGGUAGAAAUCGAUAAGUAUUUUUUUGACUAUGAAUGCUGCAAACUGUUACUAUGUACUAUCAAACACUGUUUAGAUAAAUUAUUACAUAUGCUUUCGCCGUUUUCUUUAUGUAGUUAAGAAGAAGGAUUAUAUAUUUCAAUUCUUUUGCAUAAUGCGCGAAGUUUUACUAUAUUUUCUCUUAGAUUCUUUCAUUCUUAUUGCAGCAUGAUAGCUACUUUACAUUAUCUGUAACCGUGAGUAGAUGUUACAGUGUACAUGUUCCCUUUUCGUUGUCUAGCUUUCGGCAAAAAUUUACAUAUGUGUUAGAAAUGAAUAUAUACUAUAAAUCGAUACUUAAACUCGUAUUAAUCGAAUGAGCUUUCUCUAACUCGCAAUAAAUUGCAAACUAUAUCAAGUUAAGUAAACUUGAAGAGAAUCUUUGCAUAUGUUCCUGAUCAUUAAGACGCUAAAAUAUUUUCCCGUCUGUUUGUUACAAUUUGUUGUAACAAACGGUUCAAUAUUUUUUACAGUAUUUGAAAAAGAAUUUGGAAGAGAAAGUAAACAAAUUGAAUUAAUUAAUGUACUCAAUAUCGAUAUCUAUGCGAAAUCAAAUAAUCUUUUACCGUCUUUUGCAAUUGAAAAAAUUCUAUAUAACUUAACGCGGCUAUCAUAUGUACGCAAUGGGCAGAUAUUCGGUAGCAUUGUCUUUAAUUGAAUUUAUAUCAUGCGAUUUAUAACAAAACUAUAAGAGAGAAAGGAAUAAAAAUGGUAGAAUAAGGCAUCUUACUUGAUCAACUCCACCACAUGGAUGCUAUUCAUGCGUAGCUAGUUCGGCUGCGAGGUCACACAGCUGCAAAUACUACUAUCUUGACCCUCUUAACGUAGAGACAUUGUACUCGAAUAAGAUUCAAGGAUCUAUCUAUCAAAAUCUAUCUUUUCUCUGUAGAUAGUUGAGUCUUCACCGAGAACAUGUUCGGUGGUAUCUAUUAGACAUUAUAGCUGCUGGACAGAGAAAAUGUAAUGUAAUUUGAUCCGUGAAAGUGAUGUAAAAAUGCAAAUAAUGGCAGCAAGCAGAAAUGUAACAUUCGUUGUUCACAAGAAAGAAAGAGAAAGUGAGAAAGAAAGAGAGGAAGGAAGGAAAGAAAUAUUUAAGAAGAAUUAUAUUAGAUAGGAUAAUGAAGAAAAAGAUUAUGGUCGGGCUACACGCGUACUAGCUGACAGAUGGUCCAAUCAUAGACUAUAUAUAUUCAUAAUGGGGAAAAUAAACGAGAACUUAAAAGAAUAGCCUAACUGUGAAACACGAGGCCUGAGGAACGGUGUGCGGAAAACCGUGAUUAUUUAUAAAGUGUUGUUAUAGACAAAGGACACAUUUGCAUAGUCGCAUAAAAUUAAUGAGGCAAAGAAUUUCAACCAUUUCAUUAAAAUUUAAUCUGUGUGCGUAUACGUGUACGUAUACCAUCAUGAACAUUCUUUGGAUUUUGUGCCGUCUGGAAUGCAAAUCAAUAACGAGCAAAAAUUUUCUAAAACUAUCAUAUUGAUGUAAUGGAAGAGAAACAAUUAACAUACGUAGUGUACUUUAAAAAAAGAGUAACUUUGGAUCCACACAGUCGCUUUGUAAGACAGUUGAUCGUUUGUUAUUAAUUAACAUUCUGAAAAAAUCAAUCAGAAAAUAUCAAUCGACUGUCUGAGAGCAUCUCUGCUUAUCCGAAGCCAUUCCUAUUGCUAUUCAAUAUAUUAUAUAACGAACUGUAUGAUGCCAUGGUAAUGCGCUGCAAAAAUGUGUCACGCAGUUUCUCAGGUGUCCUGUAUUAAACACAACAAAGUUGAACAGAAAUUAUUAUAUAUGAUGUUAAAAUAUGGAGGAUUUUAAACAGAGAUUAAAAAGAGAAAAUACACAGCAGGGAGCGGGGGUAAAGAAUAUUCAUAUAUUUUCAGUGUAAAUGAAGUAUGUGUAUAUACUUGUGGUAAAAUCACGUAUCUUAUAGCUUUAAUGACUCGCUGACGCCCAAGUGGAAGCAAUCCUCUUUGGUAGCGAUAUAUCGAGAUUUUCGAGGUCGCGAUCAACGACAUCCCGCGAUAGCAGGAAGCUGCAUAGAGAGCCAGUAAUUUAAUGUGUUCUGUUAACAAAGAUGAUAUGUUUCCACUCGAGGAAGAGCACGUAAAGGAGUAAUCGUUUGGAUGUUGAUUGUUAAAUGUUAGGAUAGCUAGAUACGACGUUAUGUCCUUUCCAAGCAACUACAUGUUGAGACUCGAGAGUCCUCUUCAUUGCGUAUGAUUUGCAUUUUGUCGUUUGACCGUUUUCCAUCCUCAUAUAUGUAUAAUUGGCAUUGCACAUUAUUACUGUUUCGUUGAAUUUCGAUUGUCAACAUGAAUCUCCCAUUUGUUAUGUAUUGUAUUACAAAAUGCUUGUUAAGUAAAAUAUACGAUUUGAUUUAACAUG